AGAGCGACAGCCGACAUGCCUCUCAAACGAGAAGAUACGGAGCGAGCGCUGCAGGCGAUGGAAGCCUGUCAAUCAGCAGGUGAUGAAGGUUUCAGAAGUCGUGCUGAAAGACUCUUGACCAUCUUUCAGAGUGACCUGUUUCAGGCUCUGCUGGAUAUUCAGGAGUUUUAUGAGCUGACAGUGUUUGAGAAUCAGACACUCACACCGGGACUGAAGUACCGUUAUCAUGACGAGGAGACGCCGCCCCUGCAGCACAGUCCAGCUCACCUGACCGCAGGAAAGUCUGGAGAGAUGCUGACCGUCAGCGACGCCGGACACGCCCCCAUCGACGGUAUCCACGGUUACACACCCCAGAUGCACGUGUCUCCCGCCAAACCGGUGUUGCUCCCCAGCGGUCACGCACCCUUCUACGCCGCCUCCACUCUGAUGAACGGGAUGGACGGAGACGUGGAGUAUGAGGAGAUCACACUGGAGAGGGGUAACUCCGGCCUGGGCUUCAGUAUCGCCGGGGGCACUGAUAACCCUCACAUCGGAGACGACCCCAGUAUCUUCAUCACUAAGAUCAUCGCAGGAGGAGCGGCGGCGCAGGACGGGCGGCUGAGGGUGAACGACAGCAUCCUGUUCGUGAAUGAUGUGGACGUGCGUGAGGUCACUCACAGUCUGGCGGUGGAGGCGCUGAAGGAGGCGGGGCCGAUCGUCCGGCUCUACGUGCUGCGACACAAACCACCCGCGGAGAAAAUCACCGAGCUGAAGCUCAUCAAAGGCCCUAAAGGUCUGGGCUUCAGCAUCGCGGGCGGCGUGGGGAACCAACACGUCCCCGGAGACAACAGCAUCUACGUCACCAAGAUCAUCGAAGGAGGAGCCGCACAUAAAGACGGCCGGCUGCAGAUCGGAGACAAGAUCCUCGAAUUAAAUUCCAAAAACCCAAAAAAAAAAGAGGUAAUAUUUGAUGUGUUUGAGGUCUGA